AUGAACAGGACCAUCUUCAAUACAAUCUCAAAUUCCCAAUAUCUUCGUCUACUUCAAAAAUGUUCAACCAUGGAUCAAUUCAAACAAAUCCACGCACAAAUCAUCACCCACGGCCUUGCUCGAUUUACUUUCAUAACUAGCAAGCUCUUAGCUUUCUCCGCUACAUCCGAUAUCGAUUAUGCCCGCAUGAUCUUUAACCAAAUAAGCUUGCCUACCAUCUUUGAUUAUAACUCCAUCAUAUCAGGUUACUCUAAAACCUCAAAACAAGAAAUGGGUAUCUUAGUUUAUACACAAAUGCGUAACAAUGGCAUUGAACCAAAUGAUCGUACUUUCCCUGUUUUGAUCAAAGCAUGUCAUUGUGAAUCUUCGUUGCUUCAAGUGUAUGGACAGAUUGUGAAACAUGGAAAUGUUUCGGAUGUCUAUCUGACCAGCUCGCUUAUAACUAUGUAUUCGAAUUUUAAAGCUGUUCAAUGGGCUAAACAGGUAUUCGAAGAAAGCUCAUAUAAGAAUGUGGUUUGUUGUACUAGUUUGAUAACUGGGUGUUUCAAUAAUGGGCUUGUUGACGAGGCUCGUAAGGUGUUCGAUGAAAUGCCUGAAAGAAAUGAUGUAUCAUAUAGUGCAAUGAUAUCAGGGUUUGUGAGGAAUGAACUUUUCAACGAAGCAAUCGAGUUGUUUCUCCAGUUGACAAACUAUGGCCUAGCAAAGCCUAAUAGGUCUCUUUUACUGAGCAUUCUCAAUGCUUGCGGUGCAGUUGGUGCUCUUGAUGUAGGAAAAAGCAUACGGUGUCAGUUAGUUGAAGACUCUUUCGGCAUUAACCUCGAGCUUGGUACUGCAUUGAUAGAUUUCUAUGCAAAAUGUGGGGAUGUAGAUACAGCCCACGAUAUAUUUAGCAGGAUGCCGCAUAAGGAUGUUGCUACAUGGAGUGCUAUGGUUUUGGGGUUAGCCACGAAUGGGAAAAAUGAAAUGGCAAUCAAGCUUUUUGAGGAGAUGGAACAGAAAGGACCAGUUCCAAAUGACAUUACAUUUGUUUCUGUUCUUGUUGCUUGUAAUCACAAAACUCUAGCCAAAAGAGCAUGGUGGUUUCUUGGAAAGAUGAGCAAAGUUUACAGUGUUAAACCAGUUAUUGAGCACUAUGGAUGCAUGGUUGAUCUGUUGACUAGGUCUGGGCAGCUGAAAGGAGCACAGAUUUUGAUCAAAUUGAUGCCAAUGGCACCUGAUGGGGCUAUAUGGGGAUCAUUUCUACAUGGGUGUCUAAUACAUAGUGAAACACAUCUAGCAGAGGGAGCUGGAAAACGAUUGAUUGAGUUAGAGCCUCAACACAGUGGACGGUAUGUUCUGCUUGCUAAUAUGUAUGCAGAUAUAGGAAGUUGGGAAAGUGUGAUUAGGUUGAGGAAUAUGAUGGCUGACAGAAAAGUUGCUACUGCUCCUGGUUGGAGUUUCAUUGAGGUUGAUGGGAUUGUUCACAAAUUCUUUGUUGAUGAUCAAUGUCACCCUCGAGCUAGAGAUCUCCAUGAAGUCCUACAAGUACUGAAUAAGGCAUCAUUGAAUUAGGCUAUGUCU